UUGACAUAAACAGAGAGGAAAGGAAAGGGUGAUAUGCAUUAAAGGCUUAUUGCAGACCCUAUGACCCCAAUUCUUCCUUCAAACCCUCGAUGGAUAAUGUCAGUAAAGAGUUCCACUUCUUGUUUCUGAAUUCCUUUCUGUGGAUAUAAUAGGGAGAUAAAGGAGCUCAUCUACUGGCACAAAGCACGUUGAAAAAUGGAACUGAAUAAUGUGAGGAAGUUUACUGUUCGGAGAUUCUUCUCUGUGUAUUUGCACAAGAAAUCCAGGACAAAGACUUCAAGCUUCAACAGAUACGAGGAUGAAGGAAUAGUAAAGGAGAUAGACAUCAGUCACCAUGUGAAAGAGGGCUUUGAGAAAGCUGAGCCAUCACAGUUUGAAUUGUUGAAAGUUCUUGGCCAAGGUUCCUAUGGCAAGGUUUUUCUUGUUAGAAAGGUUAAAGGGUCUGAUUCAGAGCAGCUUUAUGCUAUGAAGGUUUUAAGGAAAGCUACUCUCAAAGUGCGUGAUCGUGUUAGGUCAAGGAUGGAGAGAGACAUCUUAGCAGAGGUCAACCAUCCAUUCAUAGUCAAGCUCCACUAUGCCUUUCAGACUGAGGGGAAGUUAUACUUAAUACUAGAUUUUCUACGAGGAGGGGACCUCUUUAGCAGACUUUCCAAAGAAGUGAUGUUUACAGAAGAAGAUGUCAAAUUCUACUUAGCUGAAUUGGCCUUAGCUUUAGAUCAUCUCCACAGCUUUGGAAUUAUUUACAGAGAUCUAAAACCAGAGAACAUUCUGUUAGAUGAAGAAGGCCACAUCAAAAUCACAGAUUUUGGACUAAGCAAGGAAUCUAUUGAUCAUGAUAAAAGAGCAUAUUCCUUUUGUGGAACAAUAGAAUACAUGGCCCCCGAGGUUGUGAAUCGGAGAGGUCACACACAGAGUGCUGACUGGUGGUCUUUUGGUGUGCUCAUGUUCGAGAUGCUAACUGGAUCACUACCUUUUCAAGGAAAAGACAGAAAGGAGACUAUGGCACUGAUUCUGAAAGCUAAACUGGGAAUGCCUCAGUUUUUAAGUUCUGAAGCACAGUGUCUUCUCCGGGCUCUCUUCAAGAGGAAUCCUUGUAACAGAUUAGGUGCUGGACUUGAUGGAGUUGAGGAAAUAAAACGCCAUUCUUUUUUUAGCACAAUAGAUUGGAAUAAUUUGUAUAGGAAAGAAAUAAAGCCACCCUUUAAACCUGCGGUGGGCCGCCCAGAAGAUACUUUCCACUUUGACCCAGAGUUCACAUCUCGUACACCAACUGAUUCUCCUGGUAUUCCUCCAAGUGCCAACACACAUAACCUUUUCAGAGGAUUUAGCUAUGUAGCACCAAAUCUUGAUUAUAACCCGCAUGACUCCUACAACUCCUCAGUUCAUCCAAUAGUGCAGCAGUUACAUGGGAGUAAUAUUCAGUUCUCUGAUGGGUAUAUGAUCAAAGAAGAUCUUGGCAUUGGCACAUACGCUAUAUGUAAGCGGUGUGUGCAUAAAGCCACUAAUACAGAGUUUGCUGUUAAGAUAAUUGACAAAAGCAAGAGAGAUCCAUCAGAGGAAAUUGAAAUUCUGCUGAGAUAUGGACAGCAUCCAAACAUCAUUACGCUGAAGGAUGUCUAUGAUGAUGGAAAAUAUGUAUACUUGGUGAUGGAACUAAUGAUGGGUGGAGAACUCUUGGAUAAAAUACUUCGACAGAAAUGUUUUUCAGAAAGAGAGGCUAGUGCGGUGCUUUGUGUUAUAACGAAAACUGCGGAAUAUCUACACACCCAGGGGGUCGUCCACCGUGAUUUGAAGCCUAGUAAUAUUCUUUAUAUGGACGAGUCUGGAAACCCUGAGUCUAUUAGAAUUUGUGACUUUGGAUUUGCAAAACAGUUACGGGCAGAAAAUGGAUUAUUAAUGACUCCUUGUUAUACAGCAAAUUUUGUGGCUCCAGAGGUCCUAAAGCGCCAAGGCUAUGAUGCAGCUUGUGAUAUAUGGAGCUUGGGUAUUCUUCUCUAUACCAUGCUAGCAGGAUUCACUCCCUUUGCUAAUGGACCAGAGGACACACCAGAGGAAAUUCUUGCAAGGAUAGGCAGUGGAAAAUAUGCUCUUACAGGGGGAAACUGGGAUUCAAUAUCUGAUGCAGCAAAGGAUAUAGUUGCUAAGAUGCUCCAUGUUGAUCCACAUCAACGGUUGACAGCCACUCAGGUGCUACAUCAUCCUUGGAUAGUUAACAGAGAAUAUCUCUCACAGAACCAACUCAGUCGACAUGACUACAGAUUAGUCAAAGCUGCCAUGGAAGCUACAUAUUUUGCUUUGAACCACAGGCCUUUAGCACCAAAGCUAGAACCAGUGAACUCAUCCACCUUAGCCAAGCGAAGAGGCAUGAACAGAGUUACCUCCACCCGUCUAUAGUUGUAUGAGAAGAUUGUUACUCCAAUGCAGCUUUAGUGCUAAGCUGGACACUUAAAAAGUCCUCAUACAAGAUUAUUUCUCCCAGAUAACUGACAAUACAAGAUUUGUACUAUAUAGAUAAUAAUUUAUAAAAGCAACUUAAUCAACUUAUUUAUAAUUGUAACUGUA